CGUAAACAGAACUUAGCAAGUAACAAUAACAAAGAUACUGACGGCAUGUCGAUCAAAGCUGACGGCAUCUGGGCGGCCUCACCGUCGACAACUCGAGGUCAAUCAACUCCUCUUAGCUCGAGCUCCGAUGGCCAGUCGAUAGCCUACGCCGCCAACAAGUCCAUCUUCGUCCGCAACAUCGAUAAUCCGAGCAUUGCAAGACAGUACACCGACCAUGUCACUCAGACCACCGUCGCUCGCUUCUCGCCCAGUGGCUUCUACGUAGCCAGUGGUGACGUUUCCGGUACUGUGCGCGUCUGGGACUGCAAAGGCGAAGGCGCCACAAAGGGAGAAUACCACAUCAUUGCUGGCCGCAUCAACGACAUUGCUUGGGAUGGUGACUCGCAGCGCAUCAUCGCUGUGGGUGAUGGUAAAGAGCGCUUCGGCCAUUGCAUUACCGCCGACAGCGGAAACAGCGUUGGUGAGAUCUCUGGCCACAGCUCUCAGAUCAAUUCAGUUUCCAUCCGCCAGCAGCGUCCUCUCCGCGCCGCUACUGGUUCAGACGACACCAGCCUGGUCUUCUACCACGGCGCUCCUUUCAAAUUCAACACCAGUCUACGUGGAAAGCAUGACAAGUUCAUAUACGGCACUGCUUUCAGUCCGGACGGUGCUUCCCUUGUCAGUGUCGGCAGUGAUAGGCGUAUCUGGUUGUAUGAUGGCAAGACUGGCGAGGCUAAGAACCAGAUUGGUGAAGGCGAACACAAGGGAAGCAUCUUUGGUGUUUCAUGGGCCAAGGACUCGAAGAAGCUCGUGACCGCCAGUGCUGACCAGACUGUCAAGAUCUGGGAUGUCGAGGCUGCCAAGUGUGUCCAGACAUGGCGUAUGGGCGAGGAAGGAUCUGUGAGCAUCGCCAACCAACAAGUUGGUGUUACGUGGCCCACCGGUCGUAGUGACGGCCUCGUUAUCAGUGUUGAUCUGGAUGGCAACCUCAACUACCUCCAAGAAGGCAACGACAAGCCCGUUCGAGUCGUUCACGGUCAUCAAAAAGCGAUUACUGCUGCCGGAUAUACACCCAAAGACAAGACUUUGUGGACCGGAAGCUACGAUGGCCGUGUUCGUGCCUGGGACCUUUCCACCGCUGUGGCCAAGAACGUUGAUGGCGAAUCCCCCAAAAACUAUGUCAGUGCCUUUGCAUCAUCGCAAACCGAUGGCCGUAUCUACUCCGUGUCCUGGGACGAUACUCUGAGGACAAUUGACGCUUCCACUCACUCUUUCACCGGCACCUCGAGCAAGACCGAUGGCCAGCCCAAGAGCGUCGCAGUCGCAGAAUCAGACUCGAAGCUCGUGACUUUGGUGGCCACCAAUUCUGCCAUCACCCUUUACAACGAUGGCGAGCAGGUCGGAUCUUUGGCCGUCUCUUUCACACCUACCAGCAUUGCUGCCAAGGGUGACAUCGUCGCAGUCGGUGCAGAAGACAAGGUUGUCCGCAUAUACACACUCUCCGGCAAUUCGCUGUCGUCUGUUGCCGAGAUUCGCGAUGCCACAGCUGCCGUCUCGACCCUCGCCUUCUCCUCCGCUUCGACAACUCGCCUCGCUGUCGGUCUCAGCAAUGGCAAGAUCUACGUCUACACCUCGUCGUCACCGUCAGAAUGGACGCUGACAACCAACCGCUGGUCAGCCCACACCGCCCGUGUUACCUGCAUUACAUGGUCUCCCGAUGGUGAAAAGGCUGCCAGUGGCGGUCUUGACACAAACGUCUUCGUCUGGAGUCUUGCCGACCCGGGCAAGCGUGUCAAAGCUAUGAACGCUCACAAGGACGGCGUUGGCGGUAUCGCCUGGACGGAAGACUCGAAGGUCAUCAGCUCUGGAGCCGAUGCUGCUGUCAAGGUCUGGAAGGUAGAGAAUGUGCAGUAGAUUACUGCUAGUGCAAUUUGAUGUCCGUAUAUCAUAAAUAAAACUUGCAUACAAGAGUCACGUGCUAUAGUCUUAUAUAACACGAACCACGUGCAACACGUGCAGCAUGUGCACGCUAGUCACUUUGAGCUAGGCUGAGGCCACAGAGCGAGAGGUCGAGAGCAGUAUCAACAGGCAGCGAGAGGUGCCUCGCGCACCUAACCAGCGAUCAUUCCAAAAAUAAGUUGUUUACCCAGGUUAAUCAACCGCUGGAGCUCUCGGGAGUGCAUACAGUUGUAAGAAGAGAAACAAGAGGCACAGAUGUAGCGAAUUUAGCAAAGCGAAAACAUUUCAUUUCUUGAUCAAAGCGAAAG